GUUAUAAAGAUUUUAAAAGUGUUUUUCGGAGAUAAACCCGUCUCGACAUAGAAAGAAGAGAGAUUUGCGAGAGAGAGAGGGGGGAGGUACCAUUGGAAUAUUCAGAAAGAGUAACUGUAUAAUAAUAAUAAUUUAAUGGAAGAAGUGAAAAAGGAUGAUAAUCUAAAGCUUGUACAAGAAAGAAUUGAGCGUGAUCCCGCUGCUCACAGGAUCCUAUCGUCGAAGGCACAAGAAUCUGAACUCCAAUGUGAUCAUGCUACAUUACAAACUAAGGUUGAUGAGUUUGACCAACUACUGCAAAGAGGCAAAGAGGGAAACCUUUUGGACCAUACUUUUAGGGAUUCCAGUGAGAAGCUUCAUUCUGCAAAGAGGGAACUUGCAGCUAAGCUGCGGUCAACUCUGUCACUGAAACGGCUGCUCGAGUAUGUGCCAUCACAAGCUGAACUCAUUCAGUAUGAACUCCGUUUUUCAGAACUUUAUACUGAUAUCCAGGCCAAGCAUCGUCAAACCCACAAAUACUAUGCUACUUACAACAUAUUGUUGGAGAUAAAGGAAUUGAUGCUAAAGGAAACAUCGUUACUGAAUUCCAUAAGCUCACAGUUUAAAGGUGCUCUUACUAGCCCUGCUGGUCGAAAGAAAUUGAUUGAUUCCAUGGAAGGAAUUCUGCACGGGGUUCAACAGUUUGAAAGAAGAAAAAAGGAGAAUCAAGACUCUUCUGGGAGGGAGUACUAAAGCCAGGGCAAUAAGCAACAAAUAAGUUGAGCCAGCAGUAAGAAAGUUUCUCUUGACAGCAUAACCAUUGUUGAACAAAUGGCAGUGCAUCUGCCAAGGUUGAGACCUCUGCUGAUGCAGUGCUGCUUGUUCAACAAUGGUUGUAGCGUAAAAAGAAUUCUAAUAUAGCUUUUGCAUCUCUCGUUCCACAUCCAAUCCCCCUUCUUUCGGCGAUCAUGUCUUAAAGGGCCACAAUAUCGACAAGAUUUUGCAAAAAACGUAUAUGAUUAGUCACCAAAUGUAGUUUACAACAUCAACUUUUAGACACUCCAUACUUCUUCAAUAAGUUGGCCCAGUGCACAUGAAAACACAUUAACUCUAAAUAUUAUUAAAAGGAUAAACAUACUAUUAGAAUAGAACCUUCCUACUUCUAGGAGAGAAAUUAAAGGAUUUACAACAACAUACCCAGUGGGGUCUGAGAGGGUGGUGUGUACGCAG